UUAGAUAGAGACUUCUAUUUGUUUUCGAAUCAUCCCUCAUUUAUCUCACCAUCCAAUGCAAAUGGUUCUCACAACGGGCAGCGGAUUAUGACUUUUAACAGUGAUAGAAAAACUGCCUCUAUCAUCAGGGGUCGUUUGGAGAUGUAAUGCCUCGUUUUCAUGGAGGAUUGAAAAAAAGAUGCGACAAACAGUUCUACUGAUGGAACCACAUUGAAUAGCAUUUCCUGAGGUGGUAUGUCAUCAUGGCAAACAAAGCUCUACUUGUUCUGUUGUGGACAUCAGCGAUAGUGGAUUGUUUGCUUGGAAGCUUGUAUACUAGUCAUACUAAUAUGACAAAUUUGCUCAUUCAGUACACGGACUACUGUGGUAGUGAUUCGGUCUGCUCUACCAUGAACAUGCAGAGUAAUUCUAACACUAAUUAUUCCACUGCAAAUAUAUGCCCAAGAUGUUCUUGUACGCAAGAUUGUGAAAUAAAUGACCAAUGCUGCCCAGAUAAAUCUCUAAGUACCUGUGUGAAAACAACAUACCUUGUGAAGGGACAAAGAUUCAUAGGAAAUGAUGAAUUCAAGAUGAUAACGUUUUGUCCGGAAGAAAAUAAUAGAUGGCCUAAAAAUAGCUGCUUUGUACCCAUUGAUGAGACUAAUUUUGUUCAACAGAUGCCCGUUUAUUCAGUUAUCACAAACAGGACGUAUAUAAAUAUCCAGUGUUCUAAAUGUCACGGAGAAAAGGAAGUCAUUCAAUGGCCUUUCUCCUUUUCUUGUCCAUUUCUGAAAUUAAACAUAUAUUUCUAUUCUGAUAUUGGCAAAUUAUGGAAUGCUAUUAAAAGAAAUAAUUGUACAAUAGAGUAUUCACCUUUACCAGGCUUUCAUACUAUUCCCUGUAAAAAGCAGUCUCUGAUUCGAGAAUGUAAUAUCACUGGCUACUGGGACGACUAUGACGCUGAUAUCGAAAACGCCUGUAAAAACUACGAUACCCGCUACGGACUUUUUCAGAAUGUUUUCUGCUUUCUCUGCAAUACAGGGACUGAACAAAGACAUAACAAAGAUAAGUCCAUCGAGAAUGCACACAAUCAACAAAAUAUUAACCAAUACACAGAUAGAAACACCGACGAAAGCUUUUUAGAAUCAGGCAAAGCAAUUAGCAAACGAAGAUUUCAAUUAACCAAUACUGAAGUUCAAGUAUCAGAAGAAUAUUAUUUUAAGAACAAAAAAUAUUCUGCAGUUGUCGAAUUUCUUUCAUGGGAUAUAGUAAGCAAUGUUGAACAGUUGUUGUCCACGCAGACUUCUACCAAUGAAACACGAGUGUCAGAAGCGCCUGUGAACUUGUCUGCUUUGUACGAAGAAUUUGUAAGAUCUGGUGGGUACCACGAUUGGUGCCAAGAU